AUGGACUCAUCCUGCAUCUCCUUGGGGCAGCUCACCCAGCACUCAAAGGGCUUCAACAUAUGCUGCUGCAGCUGCAACCGGACCAUAGCCAUGAACCUCACCAGUAUGUUCAAAAUACUAAACUGUGCUGGCAAUAAAGAUGUCAUGACACUUGGGGCUGAAGAUAAUGCAGGCACCUUAGCACUAGCACUUGAAGCACUAAAUCAGGAGAAAGUUUCAGACUAUAGAAUGAAGCUAAUGGAUUUGGAUGUUGAACAGCUUGGAAUUCCAGAACAUGAGUACAGCUGUGUAGUAAAGAUGGCUGCUGGUGAAUUUGCAUGCAUAUGUCGAGAUCUCAGUCAUAUUGGAGAUGCUGUUGUAAUUUCCUGUGCAAAAGAUGGAGUGAAAUUUUCUGCAACUAGAGGACUUGCAAAUGGAAACAUUAAAUUGUCACAAAUAAGUAAUGUUGAUAAAGAGGAGGAAGCUGUUACCAUAGAGAUGAAUGAAUCAGUUCAGCUAACUUUUGCACUGAUGUACCUGAACUUCACAAAAGCCACUCCACGCUCUUCUACAGUGACACUUGGUAUGUCUGCAGAUGUACCCUCUGUAGAGCAUAACAUUGCUAACAUGAAACAUUUAAAGCAAGUACUACUUGCCUCCUAA